CUCCUAUUCAGCACUAGAAUGUUUAAGCCACACCCACCGAAACGCAGGCCAAAACCACAGGAACCAGCAUCUUGUGAAAGCAAACGACAGCGGACCAACAGGCAGUCCCCAGUAUUAGAGGAAGCCACCCAGACUCGAAACCUACUCGCCUGCAGCGAAUGCGGAUCAGAAGAAAUCAUCGAUAACGACAGCGAAACAUACUGUGGAGAGUGCGGCACAGUAAUAGAUGACCUGCUGCUGACUGCUGACUACUCGUAUGAAGCUACCGGCGAGCAGAUCAGUCGAGGAAAUUAUGUAUUUCUUCCGCGAGUCAUUGGCGAUAGCGGUGAAGCCAAAGACCGACUGAGCAAGUAUAUCAACAAGGUCAACAUGUCGUUAGUGCGCGGACGCAUUGCCCAAUUGUCAGCACUGCUCGGCUUGCCUGGUCUGGAGGACCGUGCCAAGCAUCUGUUUGAGGAUACAGCGGCCAUUCUGGCGAACAGGGCGGAGAGCAGGAUAUUUGGGAAAUUCGGCCAUGUUUAUGCAGCAGCAUGUGUGUAUAUUGCGGGCGUAGAAGACGGCCGGCCGUUGACGCUAGUUGAUUUGGCAGCCCAUGCACACCUGAGCGUUUAUGUGAUCGGCCGGGCAGUGAAGCAAGUGUGUACGAUGCUAAAGCUAGCACUGAGUUUGAAAGACCCGCUGCUGCUGAUUGAGCGAACGGCCAAUCGGCUGUUUGGCCAAGUCAUUCACUCUGGUGCCAAUCCCGACACCCUGCGCACUCUCGAGGCACAGAUUUCUGUCAACUACAAGGUGGCCAAGGAGUUUCCUCGCGCUAUAGUGGAAUUCCUUUCCACACACGGGCAGCUGCGACCCAAGAUUAUCGAGAUAUCGGGCCAGGUCAUGAAUUUUGCUCGAUCAUGUUCGCUGGAUACGGGAUGCAACCCAGCAGCUAUUGCUAGUGCUGCGGUAGUGAUCGGUGUUGAGCAUGCGUACCUGACGGACGAUGAAACUGAGGUACCAGAUUUGAAACGUGCCCAGCGCGACGUAAUCAGCAAGCUGCUGGCAGCUACCAGCGGAGGCAGCCACCACACAACUAGCAAGCAUGUCCUAGCCAUUCAGCGGUCGCUAGUCCCGGCCAGCCAAACGGUGCCAUGGUUGGGCGACCUGAAAAUUACUACCGAUACAGCUGCACUGCAUGUUGCCGACAUCGUGUCAUGCUUCCAGAGAGCACAGGCGUGGGUGUUUUCUACAGCCAAUGUAAACGGAGAUGAGCGACAAGAUUUUUCACUGGUCGCUGCAGAUAUGAGGCCAGCGACCAACGCUGGAGAUGAAAGCGACGAUAGCAGGCGUCUAUCAGGGCCACCACUCGAGUUGGAUAAAUUAAUCGCCGAAAUGCGAAAGGCGCCUUCAUUUAAACGUGCCGAGCAAACGCGCAAUAAACGCGAAGCAGUGCUGGGUGCCCUGGGCGAUAAUGCUGAACUUCCAGGCAGCAUUUCUGCUGAGGACUUUGCCAUUGCUAGUCUUGCUAGGCAAGGAAUUAAUCGUGAAGCACUGCUGUCAUUGCCUUUGUCCACAUUGGAGUUGCUAUCGUCCUCGAUUCAGCGACAGGCAGAUAUUGGUGGGCAGGCACUCGAUUCUGUGGAUGUUGGGCCGAACGAUAUGCCCGAUGAAGAGCUGUGCCUAUAUCUAAAAUCCCACGAUAAGGAGCAGCCGUAGACAUUGGUAAAUCGCUUCGUGCACUUUUCAGCAGCCAUAUUGAUACUACGUUUUCCAAACCCUUGAUGCUUGUCGCUCAUAUAUAGGCGUAGGCUGGAUUAAUUGAGGUGAAACAACCUCAACUACUUCACCCAAGGAUAGUGGCCCCAUUGAUUUGUGUAUUGGACCUUGCACAGUGAAAUGAAUUCUCAAUAGCACAGUCACAAACGAACAAAUAUAUAUAACUCUAUUCAGC